AUAGUGUACACUAGUACAUAGUUUGUUCCUACUUCUUAUAUAGUUAUAUGUACAUGUAUAAUAUUCAAUUAUAUUGUAUGCAUAUAAUAUUAUGUUCGAGAACGAUAUAUAUUGAGAUGACAUUCAACAUUGAUCAUCGGGCCGUUAACUUCCAAUACUGUAACUUAGCAGUGCAAGAUGUUGCACAGUUUUCCGAAAAAAAUCUUGAAGAUUACACUAUUGUUAGUAGAAAACAAUUGGAUAGAAUCGUUAGUAAUUCUGAAAGGCACUUGACAGAAGACGAACAUCGUUGGUUAAUUAAAAGAGACUGUAAAAGAGUAAUUUCAGAUAUAAACAAGUGCCGUGCACGCAGAAAAAAAUCAAAAUACGUCGAACGAGGAAUAUCGUCAAUCGUCGAUCGGCAUGCACUGCAGCAGCAUGAAGAAUUUCGUUGCGAAAACGCGGCGGUCAUCAAUGGGGUUUUAAACAUUUGCCGUGACACGUCGUCUGAUGCCAGAAUCAGCACAGUCGUCAAUAAUUUCACUGUCAUCAAUGUACAACAGUUGAACGUCAAUAUCGUCAACAACAAUAUUAAUUACUAUAAAAAUGAUUUUAAUAAUCGCGACGGCGAACAAGCGACGAUAUCCGAGUGCUCGGAAGACGAUUGUAAGGUUGAUCGAACAACUACUCUCAGUGGCCGCCGCCGUGACACGUCGACGAGCGAGAAAAACGGACCGGAAGCGUUGGCGAUACGUUUGCUGCAGAGGAUUUAUUGGAACAAGUGGCGAAAUUACGCGGUAAAAUCGAAAGCGUCCCGCGGCCUCGUAGGGACGAACGAUAAAGUUGACAAGUUUUUGUCGAAAAUCCAAGAAAAAUUGAAUAACGACGAUCGUCGGCGGAAGAAUAGAACGACCGCUGACAAUAAGCAGACGUGUGCGUGGAAUCGCGCUGCACCAACGGCGAAGCGGACUGACAGCCGUGACCGUCAGCAGGCAAAAAUCGACGAACAGAAAAAAUUGCUCGAGAAACAGCGGAUGGAAAUCGAACGCUUGAGACUGCAACAGUUGAAAUUGGAAUCCGAGAAGGCGUUGCUUGAGAACCAGAGGCUGUUGCAGGACUUGCACCAUUCCGGCGGAUCUGAGAGGAGGGUGAAAACCCGAACUGUGCAGCCGGUGCAGCAGAGCGCCGCUGCAGCUAGUCCGUCUGACAUACUUAAUCGGAUGGAGGUGCGGGCCCUGGAACGCCGGGCCAAGUGGGAGGCGAUUAAGGAGAGGCGCCGAAAGGCGGAGCUCGAAGAGAUGCGGAAAAAACGUGAACUGGAGGAGAAGUGUACGAGAGAACGGAUGGAACAGAAACGCGAGCGGUUGCUCGAGGCCAGGGAGAACAUGAGAUUGAGGAUGAUAGAAGAGGACAGACGAAAGGCGCAAAGGGAAGUGUGGCGAGAGAAUACUCGGAUCGCGGACGAUUUAUAUCGGAAACUGUUAUUAAGGAGAGGAUUCGAAGCGUUCAGAGCGAAUUUAAACUGUGCCAGGUGGCGGGUGGAAGAGGCCUCGAAUCACUACGACAGACUAUUAGUCGGCACUUGUUUCAGCAAAUGGCGGUUUUACGUCAACAAUAGUUUGAACGAGAAAAUACUUUUGGCUGAACAGUUUUACAAGCAGAAAUUAAUAAAGACGGCAUUUCUCGGAUUUUAUAAGAUUUUAGAAGAGAGAAAAAAGAAACAACAAGUAGCUGAGGAUUGGCACAAUCUUAAGAUUGAAGAAUAUUGGUUUAAAAGAUGGCGUGACUAUGUUAGGGAAAUUAGACUUCAAACACAAACAAAAAUGUUGAAAGCAGAAUCUUAUCAUAACAAGAUAAUAAUGAAGCGUUGUUUUGAUAAUUGGAGGAAGUUUCCUGAAAUAUUAUACAAGGAAAGGCUUAAAGAUUGUCGACUACGCAUGUGGCAUGAAAAGGUUCAAGAAAUUUUACCAGACUUCAUUCCACCAGAAUUUGAAUUAUAAUUUAAUAAGAUUUA